GAGUACACUGACAUGCCUCCAAGCUUGACUGCUUUGGUACUCUAUGGAUCCCGGGGCACAGGCGCACAGCAUAACAUCAAUUCAGAUUUCUGAUGUGUGAACUGUGAUCCCUGCUUGCUUUGUUCGUGCACACGACUUCGAUGCAGCUCAACUUCGUGCACACGACUUCGAUGCAGCUCUGCUACAACUUGGGAAGAUGACAAGGCUGUAUUUAGUUGGCGCCCAAGUCAAAUGUCCUGGCAAGCGAAAGUCGUGAGAUUUUAAAGAAUCGAAGUGCAGUUUAGCAGACUGCUACUUUCCCCUACCUCAAGAGUUCUCCACAUCUCCAGUUCUUCAGAAGUUUGAGCCUGUUUGGAGGAAUUGAGCUGCUUUUCGCCCGAUUGACUUGUCCUGUACAUCUGUGAGGCUGAAGAAGAAAUACCUGUUUGUUCAGAGUUUCAGUUAAACAGAGAAAAAUGGUUCAGAAUUUUCCUGAAGACGACAUGGCAGGCACACCUUACUCUGAUCAAACCUCACCAAUUUUGACUGAAUAUCAUAUCACAGUUCCUGCUCUUCAUGAUGGAUCAAUGCAAGGAUCUGUUCAUCACGAGAGGAGACUCCUGGAUUGCCUCAGAGCCACUCCCUCGGUGGAGUGGCUAAAGAAUAUCAACCUCUGUUCUCCACUGACGAAUUUCCGGCUGCCAUCUACCGGCGUCCGCCGGUACCUCCAUGUCGAGGUUCACUUCGUCAGAAGAAUCAACUGGAGCUCGGUGUUCAGCUUCUGCAAGAACUGGCUCAAGCACCCUCUGAACAUUGCUCUCCUGGCAUGGCUGCUCUGCGUCGCUGCAGCUGGUGGCAUGUUGAUCCUGCUCCUGCUAGGAUUGCUGAACAGGGCCUUCCCUUCCAAGCCAUUGAGGCAUCACUGGAUAGAGAUCGACAACCAGAUCCUUAACGCGCUCUUCACGCUCAUGAGCAUAUACCAGCAUCCCAGCCUGAUCCACCACCUCGUUCUUCUCUGCCGAUGGCGGCCGGAGGACGCCGCGGAGCUCCGGAAGGUGUACUGCAAGAAUGGCGACCGCCGUCCCGGCGAACGGGCGCACAUGUCCGUCGUGGUGGCUCUCCUCCAUGUCACUUGCAUUUCUCAGUACGUGGUUUGCAACCUCUACUGGGCUUACCGCAGCAGAUCGCGAUCCGAAUUCGCCGACAAUUUCUUCUUCGUCCUCGGCGUCGUCGCGCCCGUCGUCGCCGGAGCGUACACGGUGUACAGCCCUCUAGGCAGGGACACAGACGACGAUGCCUCCGGCGAGGAAGCCAAGCAGCAGCAGCAGCACAUGAUCGAAGCCGAGCUGCCCGGAACGAGAACGGUGGUCGUCGACCCCGUGUGGGCGGGCGGCCUCCUCGACUGCGGCGAGGACCCCGCGGCGUGCUGCCUCUCGUCGCUGUGCACCUUCUGCGUGUUCGGCUGGAACAUGGAGCGGCUCGGGUUCGGCAACAUGUACGUCCACACCGCCAUGUUCCUGCUGCUCUGCGUCGCGCCCUUCUGGGUAUUCAACAUCACGGCGCUCCACAUCCACGACUACGACCUGAGCGACGCCGUGGGCGCCGCGGGGAUCGCGCUGUGCUUCCUCGGCCUGCUGUACGGCGGGUUCUGGAGGGUCCAGAUGCGGAAGAGGUUCGCGCUGCCGGGGAGCCGGUGGUGCUGCGGCUCGGCGUCGCUGACGGACUACGCGCGGUGGCUCUUCUGCUGGCCGUGCGCGCUCGCGCAGGAGGUGCGCACGGGGAACCUGUACGACGUCGAGGACGGCGGCGGCGUCUUCUACGAGAAGGCGAUGGACGGCGGCGAUGUGGAGGGCGGCGCGGCAUCGACGGCUGCGACGGGAGUAGUGCCGGUAUCGGUGGGUGGAGGAGAGGGGGAUGGCGUUGUCGGUGACAUAAAACUCGGUAUGGACGGUGAGAUGAUCCCACCCGCGCAGGCAGUGAUGGAGACCAGUGGCGAUACGCAAGGCAGUGGUGCAGACGUUGCGGCAAAUGGUGACAACGAGCUCAGUAGCUAAACCCAAGGGUGAUUAUCUGAUUGAUGUUAUGGUGUGCAGAAGCUGCGGGGGAAUCAAUCUUGUUUUUUGGGGAUUGGCACCAUCUUUCCAGCAUUGUGCUCUUGCUUUGUCAUGUUCUGCUCAGCUACUGUUUUCGUGUGGCAAGGUUUAGGGCAGGUACCAUAGCAGAAUAUAAACCAACUAUAAAUAUAUUUUAAAGAGAUAAAAGAGGAAAUAAAAGAGCAGCAGGCUACAGAUCUGUAGCCAGUUACAGCACGAA